AUGAUCUCCAGAUCUGGCGACAGCUUGACCGAACCCAGGUCGGCCGGAAUAAUGGUCUCGAUGUCGAUCUGCGGCAUGUUGGGCUCGGGCCCCAUGGGGAUCAUGUCCAUGUCGAGCUCCUGGCCUAUGAUCACCGCCAGAAUGAUGAUCGCCGCAUACUUGGACAACACCAGCGAGUUCUCCUUGCAAAAACUGGCUGCGCAGCAGUUCGGACACCCCCAGUCGCAGUCGCACUCCACCAGCUUCUGUAGCGAUUUCUCAAGAACAGAGUCGAUGUUAUCGAACGCUUUUGUACUCAAACCGGACCCGUACUGGCCGCCCUUGUUGUCGUAG